UCAUGUUGUUUCAGUCGGACUCAUUUGAGCGCUGCACGCAACAUGGAGGAAAGUGGAAAAUAGUUUUCUUGAUAGCAGUUGAUAACGCUCAUUUGUCGCCAAAGCAUGUUUCAGUCUUUUAAUAUUAAUAAGCGAAAUUACUGGAGUUGAGGCAAGCUAUAAAAUGAACUUCUGUUUCGAAAGGCAGGUGUGAAAUCUGCAGAGGAAGAUGUUUUGUCUGCGGCUGCGUCUGCGGCUUCGGCCUGGGUCUCAGGUUCGCUCUGUUUCCCGGCAGAGCGUCCCUAAACUGGCCUCGCUCCAGAAAGCCACAACUCUUUCUCAGAAGAAAGUCCAGAGCUUAAUUUACCCCUUCAGUGAGCUGGAUGCUUACCUGGACAGGUCUGUGGACAGGACACAGUUUCAGCUCUUUCAUCCUAGCGUGGAGGAUAUAAUUAAAGCAGAAAAGCUCUUCUACUCUUCAUCGUCUCAUAAGAUUGAUUACUACGUCUCUGCGGAGAGGAUGGAACAAAUACCUCCGAUGAAACAGCCAGAGGUGUGUUUCAUCGGCAGAAGCAACGUUGGGAAGUCGUCUCUCAUCAAAGCUCUGUUCUCCCUGACGCCUGAGGUCGAAGUCAGAGUCUCCAAAACUCCAGGUCACACAAAGAAGAUGAACUUCUUCAGAGUGGGUAAAGCGUUCACCAUCGUGGACAUGCCCGGUUAUGGACACAGAGCGCCCAAAGACUUUGUGGACAUGGUGGAGCCGUACCUUUACACCAGGAAAAAUCUUGUGAGGACAUUCCUGUUGGUGGACGGCAGUGUUGGUCUCCAGACGACUGACAUGAUCGCACUGGAGAUGUGUGAGGAGACCAGACGUCCAUACGUGAUGGUGGUGACAAAGAUCGAUAAAUGCGGACGCGGAGCACUGCUGACAAACUUGUUGAAUCUUCAGGAUGUGGUUAAAACUCAGACCACAAGCUGCUUCCCCCAGCCGUUUCUGGUCAGCUCCAUCCAGUUUUUGGGGAUCUACCUCCUGAGAUGCUUCAUUGCUCACGUAACAGGAAGCAUCAUGUUAACAGACACCUCUCAGAGCUGAUCAGAGACCAGCUGAACCUCACUGAGCGGGACUGAGACUCAUAUCGCCGUCUGUUGACAAGGAAUCUGGUUUUUUUUUUAGAAAAGCAGAGAAAAGGACGGCUCUCAAGAUCUGAAGGAACUCUCAGCAUUGUAACGUGUGUCUGAUACUGUUGGUACACCGUUACUUAUGUACAGCUGCAUAAUAACGUCAGAGACUUUUUUUUAAUAAAAUGUAAAACAUACUGUUGUUAGUUUGGUUGGUUGUCCUUUAAAAUUACAGUUAAGCAUUUCAUUACCCCAGACAGAUGUACACAUUUAUACUACAUGGCCAAAAGUUUGUGGACACUGAUUGUUUAACUUUUAGCUUUCCACAAGGUUUUAAAACCUGACUGCAGGGAUUUAAGUCUGUUCAGCCACAACAGCAUCGAUGAGGUCCGGUAAUA